CUGCCAGAGAACGGCAGGAAUCUGCAACAAAAACGAUGACAGGCUGAAAUACGCCCCAGUGCCAACCUCCAAAGUCUCCUGUCACCCCAGACUCUGAGGAGUUGACAGAGCCGCAGAAUUUCAACUCCAAUAGACUCAAAUGUGUUUCUGGGCCAAGAAGCAGAGCUAACAAGAGAAGAAAUUUAAAGAGUAUUGGGUAUUUGUCAAACUUUUAUUUCCUGGCUGUGUGCAAAGAGGGGAUUCAACUUCAAUUUUCGGCAAAGGCUCUGGGUCCAGCCAUCUACCAGAAGAUGAAGAAACCAGUGACUUAACCGAAGUCUCUUGGCUGGCAAAAGGCAGCUCAGGUCUAGGAAACAUGAAGACUGUGCUUUUUUUCCUGAACAUUUUGGGAACUGCAGCCGCAAUCCCGACAAAUGCAAGGUUCUUAUCUGAUCAUCCCCAGCCAACUGCUGAUUCCUUGAGUUCCGUCGAACAGGCUGAAACGUUGGUAACACCUGAUGACACUACUGUGCCCAUUUUAAGGGUUGACGAUGCAGAAAAUGACACAGAAACGGCAGUAUACGUAGAAGACCAUCCCCACCACGAGGUAAAGGCUGAAAACUCUUCAAUAAUAAAGUCAAAGGAGGAAAACCAAUCAGCAGAUCAGAACCAGAGUUACAGCCCAGAGCUUGGAUUACAGGAUGAAGAGGAAAGCAAAAGUGACUUAAGUGAGAAUUUGGAGUAUAUACCAACUGAAGGUACAUUAGACCUAAAAGAAGAUACGAGUGAGCCUCAAGAGAAAACACUCCCCGAGAACAUUGAUUUACUUGCUCAUGAUGUUAGUUCCAUUGUAGAUUCUAACCAACAAGAAAACAUCACAGAGGAAAACCAAGGACAGCCCAUAAAUGAUUCACAAUCUCAGUUGAACAGGAGCAGCAUAUAUGGCCAUGACCUAAGUGAUCAAGGAAACCAAGAGCAGGAUCCAAACAGUCCCAAUGGAGAAGCGGAAGAGGAAGAAGAGCAAGGUGAAGUUGGUACCCACAAUGAUAACCAAGAAAGGGAAAGAGAAUUUUCGGAGGAGCAUCCUAGCAGGAAGCAGGAAGAAGCCAAUACGCAAUCUGAUGAUAUUUUGGAAGAGUCCAAUCAACCAACUCAAGUAAGCAAGAUGCAGAAAGAUGAAUUUGAGCAGGGUCACCAAGAACAAGAAGAUGGUAACUCUCAUGAAGAGAUGGAAGAGGAAACUUCAUCAAAACUCGAAAAGCACAAUCAAGAUACUGAACAGCAGAGCCAAGAGGGAAAACCUGGCCUUGAAGUUAUCAACAACCCUGAGGAGACAGAUAAAAAGACUGUUUCUGAGGCUUUGCUCACAGAUCCUACUGAUAAUGGUGAUGAUGGCCCCAGACAUGGUGCAAGUGACAGCUACUUCAUCCCAAGUGAGGCCUUCCAUGAGGAUGAAAAAGCUACUUCCAAUUACCAUCACAUCAAAUAUGAGGAGCAAAGAGAAAGAACACAUGAAAAUGUGAAUGCCAAAAGAGCAGAGCUCUCACCAAAUGAAGAUGAAAGUUCAAGCGAAGUCAACGUGAGGUUGUACGGUGUUGAUUCUUGCAUGAACUUCCAGUGUAAGAAAGGACACAUGUGUAAGGCUGACCAACAAGGAAAACCUCACUGUGUUUGCCAAGAUCCAGUGACUUGUCCUCCUACAAAAGUCCUUGAUCAAGUUUGUGGCACCGACAAUCAGACUUAUGCUAGCUCCUGUCAUCUGUUUGCUGCUAAGUGCAGACUGGAGGGAACCAAAAAGGGGCACCACCUGCAGCUGGAUUAUUUUGGAGCCUGCAAAUCUAUUCCCACUUGUACGGACUUUGAAGUGACUCAGUUUCCUCUAAGGAUGAGAGACUGGCUCAAGAAUAUUCUCAUGCAGCUUUAUGAGUCUAACCCUGAACAUGCUGGAUAUCUAAAUGAGAAGCAGAGAAAUAAAGUCAAGAAAAUUUACCUGGAUGAAAAGAGGCUCUUGGCUGGGGACCAUUCCAUCGACCUUCUCUUAAGGGACUUUAAGAAAAACUACCACAUGUAUGUGUACCCUGUGCACUGGCAGUUUAGUGAACUUGACAAACAUCCUAUGGACAGAGUCUUGACACAUUCCGAGCUUGCUCCUUUGCGAGCAUCUCUGGUGCCCAUGGAACACUGCAUAACUCGCUUCUUUGAGGAGUGUGACCCCAACAAAGAUAAGCACAUCACCCUGAAGGAGUGGGGCCACUGCUUUGGAAUUAAAGAAGAAGACAUAGAUGAAAAUCUCCUGUUUUGAAUUCAGAUCUGAAAGAAUUCAAACUUUCCAGCAUCUUCCUCUGUUCUGACCACUUCUGAAAUAUAUGCAGCUAUGAUACUUGUAGAGUUAUAUUUAGUAAAACAUUUGCAUGUCAAGGAAGACAAUGAGAAUAAUUGCUUGAUAACAGUAUAUGCACCAGGCAUUUAACAUUAACUUUGGAAAAUAAACUUUAAAAUUAAGUAUAAUCGAUAUAUGCAAAAUACUGUAUACUGUUUGUGAAUAGGAGUUUAACUCAUCACUCAGCACUCAUUUAUGAAAUACUGAUUUCUAAAACUCGAAAACAUAAUAUGGCCAUUUUGUCCAGAAUACCACAUGCAUGUCAAGAAAAUGGAUUAAUGCUCUUUUGUUGUGAAUGUGUAUUAUUUUCAAUAUCUUAAUAUCCUAAUAAAAAUUCAUAAAAGUCCAAAUGUUUAUUCAA